CGCUCGCGUCCAAUUUGAUAUAAACUUUAGUGCGUGCCUCAUGACUUGAACUGGAAACGGCUCCGUGAUUUCAUGUAAUUAAGUGUAUACGAUUCAAUUAUAAUUUACCUAAAUAUGAUAUGAGUGCAGUGAUUAAACAAUGGAAUGUGAAAAUUGAGUGACCCUAAAGUAUUUUCAAUUUGAUUGUUGCUCUUGAAGAUAUCUACCUACGUAAGCAUUAUGUUGGUUAGAUUACGUGAUUUGGAUGAACAAAGCGAAACACAAAUUUUAUUCCGAUGCCAAAUAUAAAAUGGAAAUGGUCAUGUAUUUGAAUGAGUGACAACCGAAUUCGACAUGAAAUGGUUAUUGCCUGCUUGGAUAUGCGUCUGCAUAUCUUGCUCAUGUGGUUUGGAAAUAUCCCGAUUAUUUGAUUUUUGGACAGAUUUAUUUCGACCAUUGCCACGCAAUCCAAACGAGGGAUUUAUUCCAGAUUAUACACCGUAUGAUCAGGAAGAAUUUGAUUUUAUUAUCGUUGGAGCAGGUUCAGCUGGUUGCGUUUUAGCAAACCGGCUAACUGAAAUAGGUAAAUGGAAUGUACUUCUCUUAGAAGCUGGAGGUAAUGAAAAUUUCUUCUCAGAUGUGCCAAUUUUUGCUUCUUUUCUAUCUACAACUUCUAUGAAUUGGGGUUAUUCAUCGGAACCCUUGAAAAGAGCAUGCAAAGACCUUAGAAAUAAUGUUUGUUUUCUACCUAGAGGAAAAGUACUAGGAGGAAGCAGUGUUUUAAACUUUUUAAUUUACCAACGGGGUCACCCUGAAGAUUUCAACGAUUGGGCGCGAAUGGGCAAUAAAGGGUGGAGUUAUUCAGAUUUACUGCCAUAUUUUAAGAAAUCAGAAAACAUUAGAAUACGUCAACUAAUGAAUUCCUCUUAUCAUGGCAAAGGGGGAUACUUAGAUAUAGAAUACGCCCCAUACAGGUCCCCACUAGAGAUCCCUUUUAAGAAAGCCGGUGAAGAACUCGGUUUUAAAUGGCGUGACCCAAAUGGAGAACAUGUUAUUGGUUUUUCUAAACCACAAGCGACAAUGAGAAAUGGUAGAAGAUGCAGCAGUUCUAAAGCAUUUCUGGAGCCUAUUCGUUUCAGAAAAAACUUAAAAGUUUCUAAAUAUUCAACAGUAGAGAGAAUAUUAAUAGAACCAAAGACUAAAACCGCCUACGGAGUGGAAUUCAAGAAAAGAAACAAAAGGCGGCAGGUACGAGCUCGCCGGGAGGUAAUUUUGGCAGCAGGUACUAUAGGCUCCGCCCAGUUAUUGAUGUUGUCUGGUGUAGGCCCUGAGGAACACCUGAAAGAAUUUAAAAUCAAUCCUUUAGUAAACCUUCCUGUGGGAUACAAUUUGCAAGAUCACGUUACAUUCUCCGGAAAUGCUUUUAUAGUCAACGAAACUAAUUUAUGCGUAAAUGAUAUGACAGCUGCUUCGCCAGUGUCGGCGGCUGCGUACCUAGCAGGACGAGGACCGUUGACAUUGCCAGGAGGUGCAGCAGGACUAGCAUUCGUACGCACCAAGUACGCCUAUGAUGAUCCAGUGGAAACGCGACCUGACAUAGAGUUGGUCAUGGGCGCCGGCUCCCUGGCUGGUGAUUUAUUGGGAAUAUUAAGAUCUUUACUAGGAAUAACGGACAAGUGGUAUUUACAAGUAUAUGGGAAACUGCCAUUCUUAACGAGACAGCGGUCAUUUGCAAUGAAUCCAGUCCUUAUCAAGCCUAAAAGUGUCGGCAGAUUGAUGUUAAGAAGCGCGAACCACUCUGACCAUCCGAAAAUCUAUCCAAAUUAUCUAGAACAUCCUAAUGAUAUGCGGCGUAUGGUAGAAGGUGUUCGAUUGACACAAAAGGUGAUCGGUACCAAGGCGUUCCAACGUUAUGGAACACGAUUACAUGAUGUUCCAUUUCCCGGAUGCGAACACCUGAAAUUCGAUUCCAAUGAAUAUUGGGAAUGUGCUAUUUCGCAAACAUCGAUUACAUUAGAUCACGAGGUUGGUACAUGCAAAAUGGGUCCAAGUGGUGACCCGACAGCUGUGGUGUCUCCAAGACUAGUUGUUAACGACGUACAAGGUCUAAGAGUAGCAGAUGGAUCUAUAAUGCCACGCAUUCCUGCUGCUCACACUCAUGCCGCCAUUGUGAUGAUCGCUGAAAAAGCUGCUGACCUCAUAAAAGAGGAUUGGGGAAUGUUAACAGAUUCACAAAACAAUACCGUUUAAUUCCACGUGUUUAAUACCAAAUUCUAAAAUAUAAAAAAAUUACGUUUUUUUUCUUCCUCCAUCAAAUAAGUUAACUACUUCAUAUAGUCACGUCUUUUACCAAAAAAUAUCUUACCAAAGAAUUAUUUAAAAAACAUUGAGCAUUUAAGAUCAUCAUCUCUAGUGUUUAAUAGGUAUCAGAUAGUUUGAUACUCAGCGUCUUUUAUAUAAUAUAAAAAUUACAACUAUCAAUAAAUAUAAAUCUAUUCAUAAACACAAAUGUUUU